UAUUAAUUUGUUAUAAAAUCGCAGUUUACUUUUGUUAUUUGAAAUAAAACAUUAUUUUAUUAUGCAAAGAAACGUGAAGCAUUUAAGAAGGCAUGCAAGGGAAGUUGUUCAUUUCUAAUUUGUUUCAACUCAUUUUUUAAAAAUAAAUCGUGAAUAAAUCGCAUCGUGAGAUCAGAAUCGCGCAUCGCAUCGUGAGCUGAGUGAAUCGUUACAUCCCUAGUAUCCAGUGUUACGUUUAUUCUUUAGCAUUAGCUAACGCUAGCGCUUUCACCAAUAGACCAUAUGAUCAUCAGUAGCUGACGUGCUGUGGCUCAAUCACAUCUGCACUCUUAACGUGAUGACAACAAACUGUAGUACCAGUUAAGGUUUAAAUCCUUACGUGUAAUGAAGUAAAUCCAUGCUCGGAACAUUAUUACAUCUCUGUGAAGCUUCAUAAAACGGGGGACAGCCAAGCCUGACGGAACCACAGUCACGUCUGUAUUUAAACGCUGCAGGUCAUGACUAAACUAAAGUUUUGUAUUAUAGCACCAUUACAUAUUUAAUAUAUAGUAUUUAAACAAUACGAUGUAUUUCACUAAUCUAUAUUACACGUUAAUUCCCCCCAAAACGAGCGCUGGUAAAGCACAUUUGCUAUGGGUGAAUACAACCCGGAAGCUUUCCCGCCCCUGAGACUUUACCGGAAAUACGUAGGCAGCACUCUAUGCAUUGAAUGUGUCAAAAGUAGACAGGUUUGUGCGCCGAACGCCGCAUGGGGCUUGCCCCUAUUGGAUGCCGGCGCUCUGACUCACAACGCGGAAGCGCAACUCUGUGUUUACAUGCAGAAGACGAAGAAGUGCUCUCCUGAACGUGCUUUUGUGUAAGGAACUAAACUAUACAUUAUACAAAUUUAUAUUAUGAACUGAACAUUUAUGUUUAUUUGACUCUUGUCCCGUCUAGUAGUUGUAUCUGACUGGUAAGCGGUCGUGUAAUAAUGUACAGUCGGUCAGAGCGCAGGACACUUCCACAACAGCAGGUGGCAGUAUAAAAACAAAAGAACGAUCACGUGAACACAUCAAUAGCGGCGAGAGAGAGCGGAGAAAUACAGGCGGACAGCAGCUGCAUCUGUGUGUUUUCAGUUUAAAGUCGUGUCUCAGGCUGGAGUUUGUGUGGGCCGCUCAUGGGUGCGUCUGUGUGCCGGCACGGGCGCUCGCUCCUGUCUGGCCUGAAUCAUGGCAGGACCGGACAGAAGGACACUCUGUUGGGUGGCGAUGACUCUCUGGACGGGCUGGACAGACAGGAGGACAUUGCCCAGUUCCCAUAUGUGGAGUUCACAGGUCGUGACAGCAUCACCUGCCCUACCUGCCAGGGGUCUGGACGCAUUCCAUCAGGGCAAGUGAAUGAGCUGGUUGCUCUCAUCCCCUACAGCGAUCAAAGGUUACAGCCCAGGAGAACGAAGUCGUAUGUGGUACUGUCAGUGAUUCUGUGCCUCCUGGCAUCAUCACUGGUGGCCUUCUUCAUGUUUCCUCGUCCUAUGCUGGUCGUCGACGAUGGCAUUCGCUCCGUGACCGUGCACUUUGACCGAAACAACAGCAAAGUGCUCAUCAACAUGACGAGCUCCCUAAACUUCACCAACUCAAACUUCUUCACGAUGUGGGUGGACAGUGUCAGCUGUCAGGUGCUUUACAUGAAGACCGUCAUUGGAUCACAACAGCUUGACAAUGUCAUCCACAUUCAGCCUCUCAGCCAGAGACGGGUCAACUUCACUGUUAGCAUGGAAAUUGGUGGAAGCCUGUCGUAUGUUUAUGCCUUUUGCAGUAUGGCCAGCAUCAAGGUCCACAACAUUGUGGUUUUCAUGCAGACCUCAGUGAAAACCUCGUACAUGGUGCGGAGCGCGCAGAACACACUGGAAGCUUACCGCUACAUUGACUGCGGUGCCAACACCUCCGUCCACCAGCCCUCAGGAAUAACGUGGUCUAAACCUCACCUCCCUCACAAUGAAAAACUGCUCCGCUGAAACGUCAGCCCACGGAUGCUUGGGUUGUUCACGAUGGCACUACUUGGCAUCACUUUUGACAGAUCUGCUGUGGUAGUGAUUUAUUAAGGGAAUUAUUUAAUGUUGCUGUGAUUUCAGCGUGAAAGUAAUGUUGGGUUUUUUAAUGCCAGGUGCACUGUUCUAGACAUCGGAGUUUGUAUCUGGUGUAAGAAAUCAGUUUUGAAAAAACAUACUUAGAAAAAAAAGUUGAUUAGGUCCUAUGCAAAUUCACCCCAUUGUGUUUUGUUUGUGGUUUGUUUACUUUAAUGGCAAAGAUGUCUUAUUUUUAUGAGUGCAUUCUGUGUUCGUGUUUCAUUCAGCUCAGUCAAUACUUGAAUCUAUCAGUGAAAAAAGCACAUAGAAUAAGCAUAUUUAUAAUAUCGAGGUUGAACAACGUAGACCUGUUCUGAGUGUUUCUGCUUGAAAAAGUACAAAAGAUUUCAGUCAGACGGCUAACACUGUGCACGAGGUGACUUGCAAUCGAGCGAAUAUUAUUUUGGCUCUGUGAUGCCAUGAGAACUAAAAUAAGGGCAUUUAACUAAUAACUGUGUUUAUGUGCAAUAUGUUUUCAGAGUUGAAUUAGGACCAUAAUGUACCAAGUUCAAGCUCUUUUAAUGUAAUGAAAAUGACUCAUUUGAAUCCUUCGCAAACAUAAGCAUUUUGUAUCAUGUGGGCUUUGGUGUUUUAAAAACGGAUUUUGGUCCAAACAUGAUUUGGUUAAAUGAUUAUUUUUAUAUUAAAACUCCUCAACUUUAAUUGCAGUGAAAUGUAAGAAGUUUUCUCUAAGAAAACUGAGAGAAAUAAGUUGAUAUAAUGUUUUACGCAUGACGUUUGUAGAGAUAAUUAAAAGCAUUUUUGUCAUUA